AUGGCAGAAAUCACUGCUCCUGAUAAAGAAGAGUCUUUGCUUGAAUGUGCAAGGCAUAUUGGAUCCUACUGUGGAAAUGAAGUGCUUGACUCACUACCAAGUCAUGCAAAGACAACGGUUUCAGCAGAUUGUUGUUAUAAGAUUAUACAAACGGGUUAUUCUUGCCACACCAGACUCACCCUAUUUGUUCUUCAAAGCGAUUCAGAGUAUAAACAUGCAAAUCUAACUCGUGUUCUGGCCAAAAACGACAAGAUUUUUCACAAGUGCGAUUAUGCUACUCAACCAGAAAGUCAGAGGUAUUUGUCAAAGUGUGUGGAAAAAAUUGGCAUCCAUUGUGGGAAAGAAGUGUUUGACAAACUAGUCUACAACAAGAAUAACAUCACCGGAUGCUGUUGUGACAAGCUUGUGGACAUGGGUCUACGUUGCCAUAUUAACAUGGUGAAGGCUUUGAUUCGCACUCCUGCCUUGAGGGAUAUUGAUGCAGUUCAAUUUUUGAAGAAGAGCAAGAAAAUAUUUCAUCAGUGUCAGCCUCGUGAGGAAUAA